AUGGAAGAAAUUGACAAACAUAUAUAUGAUUAUAAUUUCCAUCAACUCAGACUCCUAAUGUAAUAUCCAUCCAAAUAAAAUUACAUGUAUCAAUUCAUUCAAUCCAACCCUAAUUGGUUUCUCAACAUCUAAUUUGAACAAAUCAAUUUCCUAUACUUUUAAUAAUGGCUUACUAAUUUCAUCACUGCCAAUCAAGUUAAUGCCUAAUUCAUCCUCCUCCAUUUUCAAAUCCAACCUUAUAAAUUAACCCUUUUAAAUUCUCAAGAUCUUAAAAUCCAUAAAGCUUACCUAAUAUUCAUACACAACAUGACCAAAAACUAAAUUGAUAAAUAAUAUUUCUUAUUUCAAUCCUUUUUUACAGAUCUCAACAUUUAAAUCAUUAGAAAAUCACUAACUACUCAAACCUAAGAAUGUUUAGAAUGGGUAACUUAUUCCUUUGUUAAUAUAUUUCAUGAAACAUAUCAACAAUCCUAUUUGCAAUUACUUUACGACAAUAAUAUAGAACUAUUAGAUUUCAUCUUUCAAUUACUAUAAAAAACUAUUGAUGAUAAAGUCUAUCCAUCUCUUAUACAUAAUUAUGUCCCUAAAAGUUAUGAUAUUAAAGAAUUAUAUUCUAAUCAAAAUAAGUAAUAAUUUUAAAUACUAUUUUAAUAGAAUAGGCAUAUAACUUAGUGUUCCAGAUCUACAAUUCAUUAUGGAAUCUGAUUUCCCUCUAAUACAAAAAUUUAAGUUUUAUUCACUUAUAACUUUUAUGGGUGGUUACAAUUCAGAAAUCCAAGCUUUGUUUUAUCCUAAGGAAUUUAGAGAAGCCUUAUAUUAACUUAGUAAAUAGUAAGAAGAUGAGCUCAUUUCUAUUUUCCUAAGAUUUAUUGCUAAUAUGGUUCAUAUUAAUAAAACUGUUUGGGAAGAACUUAAAAAUAAUUGUAUUUUGAUAUAUUAAUAUUUUUUAGUAAAUUCCUUAAAACCAAUUAUUCAUUUUACUAAUGUUCAUAAUAUACAUUAAUAAAGGGAAUGGGCAACUUUAAUCAUUAGAAAUCUUUGUGAUUGCGAUGAAUUAAGAGAUUUUCUCCAAAAUUAUAAAUGA